UGUCAAAAUCUCUCAUCUGGUUAGGAUUCAUGAGUGACACUUGUUACAAUAUCAUGAAUAUCUUCCCCAUUUUUAUUUUAAAAUAACUGUAGCUGACUAUUAGUGAAAUCAGUUAUCAUUUAACAUUGUACCUGUGUAUUUGAUAAGCGACCCAUUUGAUGGGUAUCGGGAAAGACAGUGUUAAUUUAUCGUCAAUCAAAAUGUGGCUUUUAAUAAUUUGUUACAUCUUUCUUAUAACCGAUACUUCACUCGGUUAUGAAGUGAAAUAUUAUCCAAUGUUGAUGCCCAAUGUUCAACCAACUGAGAAAGACACAUAUUUAUGUACAGCAUUUAAAGCACCUCAACGAGAAACUGAAUAUAUCAUUGAAUUUCUUCCAAAUGCAACGAUGGCAACAGCUCACCAUAUCUUAAUUUAUGGAUGUAAAGUUCCUGGUUAUUAUGAACGGGAUACUCCUCGAGCUGUUUGGGAAUGUGGAGAAAUGUCUAGUUCCAGAAACUCAAAUUCAGCAUAUCGUCGAGCACCCGUUUGCUCUGGAACAUCUUCUAUUAUUUACGCCUGGGCAAUGGAUGCCCCUAAACUUGUAUUACCCGAAUCAGUAGGAUUCAAAGUGGGAAAAGGAACAGAUGUCAAUUUCUUAGUAUUACAAGUACAUUAUGCCCAUGUUGAGCGAUUCCGUAAAGGGGCUACAGAUCAAUCUGGUAUAACACUUUCUAUGGUUCCAGAAUACACUAAUGUUGUUACCAAAAGAGCGGGAGUUCUCCUAUUAGGUACAUCAGGCUUCAUUCCUGCUAGCUCAUUCGAGCAUAUGGAAACUACUUGUAUGAUUUCUCAACCCAUUGAAUUGCAUCCAUUUGCAUUCCGUACUCAUACUCAUAAGCUUGGUAAAGUUGUUUCUGGUUGGUUUGUUCGAGAUGGAAACUGGCAAUUGAUUGGUAAAAAGAAUCCACAGAAACCUCAGAUGUUUUACCCAGUUUCAGACAAAUCCAUUGUUAUCAAACAAGGUGAUAUCGUUGCAGCUCGGUGUACAAUGGACAACUAUUUACCUUAUACGAUUUCAAUUGGAUCAACUGGUGACGAUGAAAUGUGCAAUUUUUAUUUAAUGUAUUGGGUUGAUGGUGACAAUGAAUUAGAUCGUAAAUAUUGUUUCUCUGCUGGUCCACCUCUCUAUUAUUGGUCUAACGAUCCUUUAUUGGAAGGAAAGAUUACUAAAGAAGUCGAUCGGAUGGCAAGUGAACUAUAAUUACAAGACUCUAUUUAAAAGAUAAAGAAGACCAACAAAGCUUUUAAUUAAAUUGACUACAGAGUGAGAAUCAACGAAAGACCAAGCCAACAAUAUCGAUAAUCAAACAAAUAGUCAUGGCAAUCAUAAAUUUCCGUAUUUAUCAUCUAAAGUUUAAAUGGUUAAAUUUUUAAGAGCGUUAAAUUAUCCUAUUAUAACUGUUGUUUGUGUUGAAUUCACCUUUAACUUUAUAACCAAUCCAUGACAUUCAGAAUAUCCAUCAUACAAUUCGUACAAAGAAAACGCACAACUCAAUGUUUCGCUCUACUCUUCACUGUAUACAUUAUUCCAAUUGCGCAAAAGAAGGCUUUAAAAUCAGAAUCUAAAUCUUCAAUACAUUGACGGCAUUGAACCCUAACCGAACUUGAAAUGUCUAUUCAGAUUCAAAUACUAUUUAUCGUUAAGGUUAUUAACAGUUUAAUUUCCGAGGGAGUAAAUUGUUACACCUUUAAAUGAAUUUCAUUCUCAUUAGAGCAAAACUUGUAGUUUUUGAUUUUACUACUGAUUUAAUUUAUUUCCCGCUUACUUUAGUAAGUUCCCAAUAUUGUUUUAUCUGAUUCUGUAAUUAACUAAAUUUAUGAUCUUUGUUAUUGUUUUUAUGCCAUUUGUUUGAGUUACACAGAAAUAUUCCUCAAUUAAAAUUUGUACAUAAAAAUGUUUAA